AUGUCACCACCGCUUAAUCUUACAACAAGUUCAGAUACAACGACAAUUGAUACUGCUUCUACGACUACAGCGAACACUUCAGCUCAAACAUUAGUGCCAGCUACUCCGGGAAUAAGAACUUCAGCUUUAGAACAAACUCGAAAUACAACUGUUUCACUUGAUGCGUCGGCAGCUACAGAUUUUCUUGGUUCUGAGGACACAUUGCGAAGUAGCGGGGAGUCUUCCGGAAACACUACGAUAUGUUGGAAUUGCAAAGAAGAUGGUCACAUGUUUAUGGAUUGUCCGUCCCAAAGGAGAAGGUUAUUUUGUUAUAAAUGUGGUCACGACAACACGGUUACACCUAAAUGCCCGACGUGUCAGGGAAACCGGAACGCGAACGAACUUCGGGUUGGGUUAGAAGCUCGUUCGAAGAACACGAUGACUCAACACCAGACAAUGAACCAAUAA